GGUUGGGCCCCAAAUUAGAGCGGUAAGCCCUGCCCCCAGAAUCACCAAGAACGGAUAUAAAAAGGCUCCGGCCUCCGAGAAUCCUCACACACCUGCCUCCUUCUCCUUCUCCAGAUUUGCUUCUUCCUGACUCAGGCUCGACCCUCGGACGCCCCGAGAUGUCUUACCAGCAGCACCAGACGACGCAGCCGACCCCCAUACCCCCGGUGGGCUGCGGCGGAGGGUCCGGCGGCGGCGGCGGCGGCGGGUCCGGUGGUGGGAGCGGGGGCUGCGGCGGAGGCUGCGGCGGAGGCUCCGGUGGAGGCUCCGGUGGAGGCGGCUACUUCCCGUCUCAGCAGCAGACCCAGCCCCAGGGCAACCUCCCCUCCGGCGGCGGCGGCGGCGGCGGCGGCGGAGGCUGCGGCGGCUCCUCCGGGGGCGGAAAGGCGUCCGGUGGCGGCAGCUGGUCCGGUGGCGGAGUCGUCAUCGGGGGCGGCGGAGGAAAAUCCUCCGGGGGCGGCGGUUCCUCCGGAGGCUGCGGUGGCUCCGGGAGCGGCGGUUCCUCCGGGGGCUGCGGGGGCGGCGGGGGCUCCUACACCCAGCAGACCACCUACGUGCCGGUGCAGACCUCCGGCGGCGGCUGCUCCGGCGGGGGCUCCUCCGGCGGGGGCUCGUCCUCCGGGGGCUGCUCCGGCGGGGGCUCGUCCUCCGGGGGCUGCUCCGGUGGGGGCUCGGCCCCCCAGACCCAGCAGAAGCAGCCCACCUCCUGGCCCACCAAGUAA